AUGAGGCUGAAAGGUUUGUUUUUGUUUAAGGAUGAGAACUUGUAUGAGGUUGUGAAGAUGUUGUUGGGAGAGGAAAUUGUCCAUGUAUUUCAUCGCUAUAGGAUGAACAUGGAGGCAUAUUCAUUGAUUGUAGCCUGGGGUUUCCAAUUUGAGGUUGAGGUGGACAAAGUGAAAAAUGCCUUGAGAGUUGUAAUUGACUCAAGGUGGCAGGCAUUCAAAACUUUCAAAAGGUUGAAGCAAUGUGAUGAUGUUUUAGGGGUUCUUCAUGAAGUGGCACGAGCAGAGUAUGUGCAUAAAUUGGCUCCUCGAGGCAUUUAUACAAGUGGUCAUGGAAGUUCUGCAGUUGGUUUGACUUCUUAUGUAUCAAAGGAUCCUGAAACUGGUAAAACAGUUCUAGAAAGUGGAGCACUGAUAUUGAGUGAUAGGGGUAUUUUUUGCAUAGACGAGUUUGACAAGAUGUCAGAUAAUGCUCAUAGCAUGUUACACGAGGUUAUGGAACAACAAACAAUGUCAAUUGCAAAGGUUGGGAUCAUAGCAUCUAUUAAUGCAAGGGCAUUAGUUUUAGCUUGUGCCAAUCCUAGCGAUCGACAUCUUGCAAGGCAUCUUGUUGCAUUGCAUUAUGAUGAGCCUGAGGACCAAAUACUAGAUGCAUUGGACCUCCCAACCCUCACUUCAUAUAUCACUUAUGCAAGACAACAUAUACAUCCUAAAAUAUCUAAUGAGGCUGCAAAGGCUCUGAUCUGUGGUUAUGUUGAAAUGCGUAGGAAGGGCAACUUCACUGGCAGUAGCAAAAAGGUUAUCACAACAACACCUACUCAAAUUGAAAGGUUGAUAAGAAUUAGUGAAACACUAACCCGAUCUCAACUGGGACCAUUGACAUGGAUCUCAUCACUACGAGAGUUUCAGCUAGUGAAAGAAUAA